AUGCCCUGUCGACCUCGCCCACUGACUGCAACCACUCUUGACCAUCCCAGCCAUCAUCAACAAGCAAGCAUCACCAUGUCCAGCCCAUUCAUCGGAUUGCCCAUCAGUGCCGAACUAUCCAACGGAACAGUCGUCGAAGGAGUCAUACACGACAUCGAUCCAUCCACUGGCAAACUCAACCUGGCACAAGCUCGUUUUGUAAGGUACGAUGGAUCCUUCUCUGAAAUCCAACCUACAUUUGUCCUCGAAAAGGAUUUCGUCAAAGAUCUCAUGCUCCUCAGCACCACCCGACAACCCUCAUCAUCCUCAUCAGCAUCGUCAUCAAACAACAGUCCUACACACAACAAGUCCAACCAUCAGAACAACGGAACCCAACCAAGAUUCGCCGAUCUAUCGAUAAACGAGUCGAAUCAGAAGACUGCUUUCACUCAAACCGAACUCACUGCCCAACCGAACCCGCAGAACCCCCAACCGCCGUCCCGCAGACGACGGCGAGACCGAGACCAACCAAAGAAGCAACAGCCUGACCAAGCAAAUCAUAAUCAUAACCAUCAUUUUAGCAGUCAUCCUUUCAACCCUCACACACGCGAUCGUCCUCAUAGCGCUGUUUCGGCUCAUGAAGAUACGGAUGGGAUACCUACUCCUGAACUGUCACCCCCACUCACUACCACUACUCAGCCUCAAACUUCUGCUUCUCCCCCUCCAAUUGUUCGAUCAGAUUUUAAUCAGGAUUUCGACUUCCAAGCUGGGUUGAUGGCUUUUGAUAAGGCCAAGCUUUGGGCGGAGAUCGCAUCAACCGAUUCAACCGAUCCCAAGGACCGCCUGGUAGCCCACAACCGGAAAAAGACCAAUGGGGUUCACUUUGGUCAAGCGAGGCAAGAGGAAGACUAUCCACGACACCGGAACCUAGGACCCACAGAAAUGGUAUUAUCAGCACAAGAACAAGUGACCAAUGGAUCAACAGUCUCUAAUCCAUGGCUCCAAUCGCCCAACAACAAGUCAUCGAACUCCUGCAUUAUUUCUAACGAUGGACACCCGAUAUAUCCAGUUCGUUUUGACCGAUUGAAUCAAGCGCUGUCGGCUGCUUCGGUCGAAUACGGCCCGAGUCUCAUCCAACGAGUCGAAAAUGCGGGCCGUUCGAUGGCCGAUUAUAUCAUCAAAUUGCUGCGCCAAUCUCUCUCGUCCCCCAAAUCUUACAAACAAUCCACAAUCUCUAUCCUUGUCGGCUCUCACGGUACCAAAGCAUCUUGUGCCAUUCGGACUGGCGCACUCCUGGCUCUCAAGGGAUUCAAAGUCUUCUUAAUUCUGAGCACACCCAAUCGAAAAUCGACCAAAGCCAGAAAUGACGCAUUCGAAUUUCAACUGCGGCUUUUCAGCUCGGCAGGGGCGCUGAUCUGUCCCCACGUUCGAGAUCUCCCCUCCUCGCCGACACUGAUCAUCGAGGCACUCGCCGAAAACUCGAUCACCUCUGUCCCCAAUCACCUGCUCAUUGACAAGUCUUUGGUCGACUAUACCCAUUGCGCACCAACGCUCAGUAUCGACAUCUCAAGUUAUUUAAACUACGAUACUGGUGAACCUUUAGUGGCAGCAGCGCACAUACCUUCUCAUCAGUAUCUAGUAUGUCUCGGAGCCUUGCCGCAAGGUGUCUUAAAAUCCUCAACAACACCCAUGGAGGUGUGUCUGAUCGACCUCACUUUAAGCGAGUCGUGCUGGAUCUCGACCGAUAAAGACAGCGAUGAAGAAUACGAGCAGCCCGGUUCAUCCACCAAUCAAUCCGGGGUCACCAACGGCAACCAUCAGUCUCGAAUCAAUCUCUCAUCUAAUCGUCAACCAUCGCUCCCUCCCGCUUCGUGGGGAGAUGAAUGGUACACAAUCCUCAAGAUUCGUUGA